ACAAGAAGCAAAAUUGAGAGAGUAAUAAUGCCUCCUAUAAUUCAACAUUUCAGUCACCACCAUCUUUUGAGACAACUUGAUGAUAUACAAGAUGGGUACGAUGUGACAAGGAAUUGCAACCUAUGUGAGCUUAUGAUCGACUCCAAUCAAAUAUGCUACGACUGUAGCGAAGCGUGUCUCUAUUCCCUCCACAAAGCAUGUGCUGAGUUGCCACAAUAUCUUGAUCAUGCGUUGCAUCUUGACCAUGAUCAUCAUCUGAUGCUCAAGAAAAGAUCAUCAGAGGACACAACUACUAUGUGCUAUUACUGUGACAAUCCUUUUCAAAGCCAAGAAGUUCUUGUUUACGCUUGCAAUCAAUGCUCUCUCCACAUGCAUAUUGCAUGCGCUUUCACUCCUAUACCCACCUUGAUAAGCAACAACGAUAAAGGUGACAAUGCUCAAUAUUUCUGCCAUCAGCUUCCAAUGAAAUUGCUUGAGCGUGAUAGUUCAAAAGACCAAGCCAAAUGUUUCGUGUGUCAAUCAGUAUGGUCUAAUUCGGCCUAUUCUUGCUCCUCUACAUCAUGUAAGAAUUUUCUUCAUCACUCUUGUGCAAAUUUUCAAUUGAAAAUUGAUAGGCAUCCUUUUCAUUCAAACCAUCCUCUCACACUUCAGUUUAGUAAGCCUCGAUCUUGCAAUUUAUGCUGCAAGACAGAUUGUAGGCUAAUUUUCAGGUGUCAGAAUAAUGAGUGUAAUUUUAAUUUGUGCACAAAGUGUGUUGUUCCUAAGACAACUGUGAGAUGUCAAAGUCAUGAUCACUCACUUUACUUUGUGGACGAAGCGUUUUUCAAAGGUGUUUGUCAUGCUUGUCAAAAAUCGUAUACAAAGUGGAGUGGUCAUCUUGUUCCUGAGGAGGUGAAUCUUACCCAAUCCUUCUUAUUUCGAUGCAUGGAAUGUAAUUUUAUCCUCCAUUUUUUAUGUGGCCCAUUGCCAUCCAUCAUAAAAUUUGAUUACCACAUACAUUCUUUAACUCUUGUUGAUCAUUACACAAGCAAAUAUGACCAUUAUGAUGAAUUCUAUUGCGACAUAUGUGAAAAAGAAAGGAAUCCAUACUUCCGCGUGUACUGUUGUAAUGAUUGCGAUUACGUUGCACAUAUUCAUUGCCUACUUUAUGAGAUCAUGAAGGUGAUAAAGGGUAAUAGCAAUGAUGUGAAGUUAAUGAGCUUGGGAGAGAGUCGGUGGACUGAUCAAUUUAUUGACACAGAAACAGACGACAAGGCAAGUGAAGUGACCCUUGGGGUGUUAUUGAGCAACACUCUAACUGAUCAAGACAAUGCAAUGUUGAAUCAUCCCUUUACUUUUGGUUCUUCAUUUGAGGAGGUCCAGGCUGCUCUAGAACAACAUUACAACUUUCUUAGGCGAGAGAUCAAUGCUCCUCUAUUUGAUCAUCAAUUGCGAUCAAUUGAAAAUAUUUAUAAAAUCAAUCAUUUUCCUUCUUUUGGCUCAGAAGAUUUCAAGAGCCUUUUUUGGGAGCUUCUAUAUUAUAGACCUAGAGAAGGUUUGAAAUUGGAUGAAAAGUACUUGAGACAAAAGAUUGUGGAUAUCAAGGGUUAUAAGGUACCAGUCACAUUGGCCUCCAUCUUAAACACUUUGCUCCACCAGUACACAGAAUCAGAUCUGUUUGGCCCAAGGGUCUCAAGUUGGACACCUGGAAUGAAAAGUGUCUUGGCUACAAUGUUUUGUGUAGUUUGUGAUCAAAUGUGCAGAACUAAGAUGAAGGAUGUCACCAAGGAUGUUCUCCAGGACUGGGUUUUUUGUCUAAAUGCCAUUGUAGGAACUAGAUUCACAAAUUCCAUUGGACUUCCUACUUUUUUGGCCAAAAUCAUUAAGCGAUUUUUCUGUCUUGAAGCAAUUAGAUAUGAAAGAGACAUUAAAGAAAAACUAAAGUUAAGGAUCACAGAGUUAGAAGCUGAAAUGAAGAAAUGCAAAGAGAAGCUUGACAUGUUCAAUACACAGAUGUCUCUGAAUUUGGAGAAAAUUGAAGGACCUGUCAAUGAUGCUUUGAGAUUGGAGGAAAAGAAUGUUGAUGAAAUAAUUAGUUUUGGUGAACUUCUAUAUACAGAUCUUGAACCCUAUACAUUUUCCUUGACUUCUUAGCAAUGUAAUUUCACAAAUUUUCAUAUUCCAUCACACUGUAAGUGACGUAAAUAAUAUGUUUGUUAUUGGCUUGAUUUUA